AAACCUCAUCAGUCUACGCCAUGGCUGCCUUCUCAAUUCCUCUCUUUUACUUGGUAGCUUCUUUGUAAGUAAUGCAAAGACUUCUUUUCAGUGAUUUCAAAUGUGAAUGCGCUAAUAUCUUUGUUCUCACCUGAUUAGAAAUAUAAUAUAUAUAUCUCCGGCGAUUAUAUUAUAUUCACUCUGAAAAUGGCGGCUCUGAUCUGACCUGAUCUGUGCGAAUUACAAAUCAAUUCAAUUCGGUUUGAAAGAGCUAUGGAGCCCUUACUGCAAAACAUUUUGGUUGCGAUCGGCGGCUUCUUCUUAUUAAUGAUUUUUACCUUCGCCGUCGUCUACAAAUGCCGGAAGGAACAGGCGCCGCGCCGGGCCGCCCCUGCAACCGAGCUUACUUCGGUCACCGUUGGCGAAAGCGGCACGCUUAACCGGAUCGACAUGGGGGAGCUUGUCCGCGCGACCCGGGACUUCUCGCCGGAUCUCCUCAUCGGCAGGGGCCACUUCGGCCUGGUCUACCGGGCGAGGCUCUCCUCCGGCGUCCAUGUCGCCGUUAAGAAACUGGCCCCCGACGCGUUCCAGGGUUUCCGUGAGUUCCGGGCGGAGAUGGAGACUCUGGUAAAGAUCCAACACGAGAAUAUAGUCAAGAUUUUGGGUUACAGCGCCGCGGGUUCGGACCUGGUUCUUAUUUACGAGUUUGUGGAGAAUGGAAGUCUCGACCAAUGGCUUUACGACACGUCAUCGUCGACACAUGACGUGGCAGAGUCAAGAAAAUCUGGACAGCAUUUAAACUGGAAAACUAGGAUCAAGAUUAUCCAAGGAGUUGCUAGGGGACUAGCUUACCUGCACUCGUUCGAAUCUCCGAUCAUACACAGAGAUAUCAAGUCUAGUAACAUUUUAUUGGAUAUUAAGUUUAGGGCUCGUAUUACAGAUUUCGGUUUUGCUAGGCAAAUGAAAGAAUCUCACUCACACUUCUCGACGGAAGCUGCUGGGACAAUGGGUUAUAUGCCGCCAGAAUACAUACAGGGUUGCACAAAGGCAACUAAGUCCGGUGACAUCUACAGUUUCGGAGUAUUGAUGAUGGAAAUUAUCACUGGAAGACGACCUAUUAAUCCAUCUACAGGAAAAUUCGAAAAUGGAUACGAUAUUUCCAUAUUAACUAAAUGGGUUGCUAAUAUGAUGUCACAAAAGCGAUACAUAGAAAUGGUUGAUCUUAAUAUUUCAAGAAAGGACUUUUCAGAAAGUGAUGUCAUCAACUACUUCGCUAUUGUCACACGAUGUGCGAGUGUGCAUCCCAAGAGUAGACCUACCAUCAACCAUGUUAUUGGGAUGUUGGAGCAAUUGGGAUGACUAACAAAUUAUAGAUUAUUAGGCCAUACUCCAUGUGUGUAAUAGUACAUAAGUUUUGUAAAAGGGUUAAUGUUGAUAGGUUUCAAAAAUCUCGGAUAAAGAAUUUGGCUUUGUUAUCUUCACUACUUAAGACUUACGAGUACUCAUACUAGGUUUGUCUGACGCUCGGUGUGAGAAAUCAAUACUGAUUAGCACUUUAACAUUUUUCAGAUUAUAUAUAUUUUUAAAAAAUCAUGUAAUCAUUGUUCACUAAGUUUAUGAGAUUCUAUAUGUACUCUCAUUUUUUUUA